GUGGUGGCCCGUUCUGCCUGGGUGAGAGAUGUGAGUCACAAGAGUCCUGGUCUGAUGGGGGGAUAGAAAGUACAUUGAACGGGUCAAUCCUUGGGGGCAGAUCUGGACUAAGGAUCUGGGCCAUCAUGGGCUUCUCUGGAGCUUCCGAAGAGUCACUUGUGAGUCACUCUUGAGUGUGAGUAGCUAGUGGAAAUAGACCUCUGGACCCAGCUGUGGCUCAUCCUGCUCUGCAAGAGUUCGCCUGUUCACGUGGGGCUGGCCUUCCGCAGCUCUCAGGCUGCCUUGUGUACCUGCUGUAUCUAUGCCUACGGGCCUCACCUGGACUCUUGAGUGGCUGCACCCACCAGGGAGUAUUGCCUGACCACACCCCCUCUGGGCUGCCCCCGGACUGAAGACAAGGGAAGGAUGAAGCAGAGUCCAGCUGUGAGACACUGGCCGGCCAGCCCGCUCUGAGAACCAUGCGUAUUCUAUCUUUUCAUUUGUGAGAGUUUGCACAGGGAGCACGGCUCUGAGAGAGGAAAAGACAGCAGCCAGGGUUAGAGAGACCCUCUGUGCAGAAGCCAGAGACCACCUUGUGUUCAGUCCAGGCAAGACUCACCGUUUUCAUUCCGAGGGAACCAGAGAAUCAGCAUAAGGACUGGGGGACCCUUGCCUGGGACAUUUGUUGGGGGGUGAUGGAAUCUCUGACAGAGUCUGGGGUCCUCUGGAGCCUCCUGCUGGAACUGGACAGCCAGUCUCUGCUGUGGUACUUGAAGAGACUUGCUGAUGGUGUGGAAUGCUACUGUUGGCAUGGAUCUGAGAAAAUCCCAGCCGUGUUAAGCCCCACUUACAAGCAGAGAAAUGAAGACUUCAGAAAACUCUUUAAGCAACUUCCAGACACGGAGCGCCUCAUUGUUGAUUACUCAUGUGCACUCCAAAGAGACAUUCUUCUUCAGGGCCGACUCUACCUCUCAGAAAACUGGAUCUGCUUCUACAGCAACAUCUUCCGAUGGGAAACUCUGCUGACAGUCCGUUUGAAAGAUAUCUGCUCCAUGACUAAAGAGAAAACAGCUCGCCUCAUUCCCAACGCCAUCCAAGUCUGUACUGAUUCAGAAAAGCACUUUUUUACUUCAUUUGGGGCCCGGGACAGGACAUACAUGAUGAUGUUCCGGCUCUGGCAGAAUGCGCUCCUUGAAAAGCCACUGUGUCCCAAGGAGCUCUGGCACUUCGUCCACCAGUGCUAUGGGAAUGAGCUGGGUCUCACCAGUGAUGAUGAGGACUACGUGCCCCCAGAUGAUGACUUCAAUACCAUGGGCUACUGUGAAGAGAUCCCUGUAGAAGAGAAUGAAGUGAAUGACAGCUCAUCCAAAAGCAGCAUAGAGACCAAGCCUGAUGCCAGCCCCCAGCUGCCCAAGAAGUCCAUCACCAACAGCACGCUGACCUCUACGGGAAGCAGUGAAGCCCCUGUCUCGUUUGAUGGCUUGCCGCUGGAGGAAGAGGUGAUAGAGGGUGAUGGGUCCUUGGAGAAGGAGCUUGCCAUUGACACCAUCAUAGGAGAGAAGAUUGAGAUCAUUGCGCCUGUGACCUCCCCUUCUCUGGAUUUCAAUGACAAUGAGGAUAUCCCCACCGAGCUCAGUGAUUCUUCAGAUACCCAUGAUGAAGGAGAGGUCCAGGCCUUCUAUGAGGACCUGAGUGGAAGACAGUACGUGAACGAGGUCUUCAACUUCAGUGUGGACAAACUCUAUGACCUGUUGUUCACAAACUCACCCUUCCUUCGGGACUUCAUGGAGCAGCGGCGCUUCUCUGAUAUCAUCUUCCAUCCAUGGAAAAAGGAGGAAAAUGGAAACCAGAGCCGAGUGAUCCUCUACACUAUCACCCUUACUAACCCCCUGGCUCCCAAAACCGCCACUGUCAGGGAGACACAGACCAUGUACAAAGCAAGUCAGGAGAGUGAAUGCUACGUGAUAGAUGCUGAAGUCCUUACCCACGACGUGCCCUACCAUGACUACUUCUACACCAUCAAUCGCUACACGCUCACCCGCGUGGCCCGGAACAAGAGUCGACUCAGGGUCUCCACAGAGCUCCGCUAUCGAAAACAGCCCUGGGGGUUUGUAAAAACUUUCAUCGAGAAGAACUUCUGGAGUGGACUUGAGGACUACUUCCGCCAUUUAGAGUCCGAGCUGACCAAAACAGAGAGUACCUACCUGGCUGAAAUGCAUAGACAGUCCCCUAAGGAGAAGGCCAAUAAGUCUUCAGCAGUACGGAGGAGGAAGCGUCCCCAUGCCCACCUGCGGGUACCUCACCUGGAAGAGGUCAUGAGCCCUGUCACCACGCCCACUGAUGAAGAUGUGGGCCACAGGAUCAAGCACGUGGCAGGUUCUACGCAAACGAGGCAUAUCCCCGAGGAUACUCCCAACGGUUUUCACCUACAGAGUGUGUCCAAGCUGCUGCUGGUUAUUAGCUGUGUGAUCUGUUUCAGUCUGGUGCUGUUGGUCAUCCUUAACAUGAUGCUCUUUUACAAGCUGUGGAUGCUGGAAUACACCACACAGACCCUCACUGCCUGGCAGGGUCUCAGGCUCCAGGAAAGGUUACCCCAGUCUCAGACAGAAUGGGCCCAGCUAUUAGAAUCCCAACAAAAGUACCAUGAUACCGAGCUCCAGAAGUGGAGGGAGAUCAUCAAAUCCUCAGUGAUGCUCCUUGACCAGAUGAAGGAUUCACUCAUCAACCUUCAGAACGGCAUCAGGUCCCGAGACUACACGUCGGAAAGCGACGAGAAGAGGAACCGCUAUCAUUGACAAGGCAGGACCUGGGGUGGCUGCAAGAGAGAGGCCUGUGCAAUACAUGUACAUAGACCCUAUAAAUAUAUAUAAAUAUAUAAAUAUAUAUAUAUAUAUACAGAAUAUAAAUAUAUAUUAUAUACAGAUUUUAAAAAAGAGAUAAUGCCUAUGUACCAGGGAGAAGGAGCGGGAACUCCCGCCCCCUGUGCCGGCCAGAGCAGCGUUUUCCUUCUACUGUGGAGGGACCGAGGAGGGCAGGGACCACCUCUCAGCACCAACCUCCCCUGAUCCUCCUCCUCCUCUUCCUCCUCCUCCUCCUUCUCCUCCUCCUCCUCCUUCUCCUCUUCCUCCCAUCUUCUGUUCCUCACCCCUUCCCUUGCUGGCCAUUCUUGGCCCUUAGAAGGGAAAUGUGGCUGAGCCAAAGUUAAUGCCUGUGAAGACCCCUGGGGUCUUCAAAGACGUUUCAAGAGGGCAUUGCUUAAGGUGCUUCCUUCCCUAACCCUCUUUUGAUUUGUCUCUAGAAUAAGAGAGAACCUGUUCUUCCCCCACCCAGUGCUUCCCCAGGCCUUCUCUUGGGAACAGGAAGAAUGGAGAGGGCAUGAGCCCCAUCCAAAGUCCCCCAGGAGACCAUUGGUUAGGACCACAUUGAAAGCUGGGUGGCGGAGACUGAGGAAGGCUGCAUGUAUGGGGCCUGGGCUGUGGGGCUGCCCGCUCCUGAGCUCUGGCCUUGGAAGGGAAUUCUCCUCAGCCACCCCCACACCUUCUUCUGACCUGAGUAGGUUGUGGACCCCACAAGGGCUGGGAAUUUCUAACUCUCCCAACUCCCUUUCUCUCCGGUCUUCUCCCAGGCUGGAUCUGGGGGAAGUGUCACUCUUUAGUGCCUGACGUCCUAUUGAUUCUCUGUGCCCUAAGAGCACACUGUUUCUUAGCCAGGGCGGAGCCUUUUUGACCUUGUUUAAAAAAACAAAAAACAAAAAACAGAAACCUCUUUUAGCGGUUAUGAACCAGUCAGGUCUGUGGCUCUAAUCUUUCCCUUUGAGCUGUGAGUUUGAUGUCCAGGGUAAGUCAGGGUAGCCUAGUCCCCCCACCAGGCUUUAGGAGACAGAGGACAGUCUAGAAACAUGGAUUACAGGGCUUGCUCUGAAUCCCGUAUGAGCAGUGAGCACAGUAGCCAAGCCACUCAGAGGGCUAAUGGCAUCGUUUAAGAACGAGCAUUAGCAACAGGGGCAGCUGUGUGCCACUGUGUGUGGGAAAAUGUUUGAGCCACCAGAGGGAGGAUUUGGAGCAGAUGUGUUUGUUUGGUCAGAGAGAGGCCAAGUGAAACCUGGUCCCCUGCAGAGCCACCUCAGUUCUAUGUUUCUCAGGUUUAGGAGUGGGGGUUCUCUGCAAGGUGUGUGUGUGUGUGUGUGUGUGUGUGUGUGUGUGUGUGUGUGUGUGCAAAUCUCUUCAUAGUGUCUGGCCCCAGUGAGUAUAAAGUCACCAAGAAAUAAGAGGAUGAUGCUACGUCAGGAACUUGAACCAGCCAGGGCCUUCUUAAUGUUAGCCCAUCAGGACUCAGGCUUUUAUAUGAUCUCAAGGGGCCCUUCUGGGCGGAUUUAUCAUCCUCCCUUACAGUAUCUACUGCUCUUCCAUCUAAUGACUCAAGGAAUCCUGCCAGCCCCAGGCAGAGCUCAUGGAGAUCCAUAGUAGUAAAGAAUUGCUGCCAGGUUGGCACAAAUGCUUCUCUAAGCUUGCUGUUUCUCCUGGGCUUCUCAAGGUGAGAGGAAGAAGGAACGCCAGAUCUCCCAGAGCAUCAGUACGAAAGAGGCAAGAUAGUGCUGGUUAUUUAUGCCAAGCAGAAAGUUAUUUUCUCCUCUUAGAACUGUCUGAACAUUCCAUUUGGGCAGUGAAAGGAAGGCAUUGAUGUUGCAGUGUCCUGGAGAAAUAGGUCCUGGUAUUUCUUGAAGGGCAGAAUCAGACAAUUGGAUACACACGUGCAUCAUUCUCUGAUGAAGGGGAAGGAAGGCUCAGUGCUUGGCUGGCAUUGCUAGCACUCUUCUGGGAAACCAGGGGUGAGGAAAUGGAUUUAUCUGCUCCUCUAGAGUGGACAAGGCCCAAAGACCAGUUGUUGUUCAGGGUUUUGAGAGAUUUGCUGGUGACGGUCAAAACCCAUGAGCCCUGAGACGAAGAAGAGAGAAUGGUACCAUUUGAAAUGCUAGGCAGUUUCCCCUUGGAAUAGCCAGAAGCCACAAUUGCCAGAAACUUUUUGGAAGCAAACUUGGCAAUUCUCAAACCUAUUGCAUAUGUAGCUAUUUACUUAAGUUGAAUUGUUAAAGUCCUGUGGAUCCUUUCAGAUGAUUUCAAAGAGUUCACUGGGGGUGAGGGGGCCAGUAAACUAACAGAAGUAGCCCCGACCACAGAGAGCUGCUCUCUUCUUUGGCCUGCAAUAUCAUUUAGGAGGAGAACACCUAAUUUGUCAUCAAGAGCCUCCUGCUUUCUGAUGAGCCCAGAUGCUAUGUAUACGGAAGGAAUAGCCCCCAAGACCUACAGCUUUCCUUUGAGUUACUUUCAUCUUAGCAUUAGCUCGGGCAUUAGCUUUUAAACCAGGAAGAAACUAACAACUUGGUUUAUUCUCAAACAAAGUCCCCUCCCCACCCUCAAUCAAUACUUUGUCAAAGAGAAGGGAACUCACCCUUGCAACAAAAACAGGUACCCUGGCCAAUAGCCUGGUAAGUGGCUGUCUGUUUGCAGGAGGUCAUGGCCUUGGGUGACUUCAUCCAGCUGGCAGGUUUUUGUCUAUUUAUUUAUCGUAGAUACAUAGUGAUCUUUCUGUACAGAUUUGUUUGAUUUCAAGUAGUUUCACUGGACUAAGAGAGGAGCGAUCUGGAUUUGAGUUCUGAGUGUGUCGUUGAAAAGUUGUGUGGCCUUGCUUGGUUAAAUCCCCAUCACUGAGCUUCAGGAUCCACUUGCAGCAGGAGAAGUUCAGUAAAUUACCUCUAAUGUGGGUUCUAGGUUUGAUCUUGACUCAGAGAUUAGGCCAGAGACUAGUGAGAUUUGGACUUGCCAAUUUUGGAAGGCGUUUUUUGCCAGAACAGACAAGCUUUGUUAUUGGCUAGGAGGUCUUGGGGACCCCAGGGACAGGGCUAGCCUUGCUCAGCGUUAACCCAGGAGAAUGUUCCUUCCUCCUUUGGCCCAGUUUUUUGUUUGGAAUUGGUUUGUGCUUAAAGGAGGAUCGCAGCAAGAAGGGUAUCAUUUUUGGACUGAGUCCAUCUUCCACCUCCAGGCACUGUGAAUCCUUCCGACUGUCCAUACUCUUUCCUCACGGAGGGAGGACACAAUGGGAAGAAGCCAUUCCCAGUUUCUAGAACUUCUGUUUUGCUCAGCCAAAACCCUGUUGUGGUUUGGAUCAAUUAGGAGACUUUGGCUAAAAUCCUCGGCUUGCCCUAGGGCACUGGACUGGCGUCAAGGAGUGGGGAGCACCAGGGAAACCUCACGAGGAAUUUGCCACAUGUGGAUUCUCUACUUGUCCAUAGCCCCUCACUUACGCUGGGACUGGCCUGUUGUCAUAGACAGCAUCUGUAGGAUGGGGUGUUGGGGAAACGACUGGCUAGGGGAAGGCUCUUUCUGGAUUAUUCGUGCUCCCAGAAGGGUCCUUUCUGUGCCAUACCAUCCCACUUCCUUAGCUCUGCAGGGCAGCCAAAGCCAGCCCUUCUCAGUAGGGAGGGCCUAGGAGAAAUAGCACUCUUCUCUCUUCCUCCCAGGUGGCAGGGCUGUGGUGGCCCUUCCUACACACCUGGACUCUGCCUGCCCUCGCCAGGACUCUCUCCCUCACCCCAACCCACCCCUGUCUCUAAGCUAGGGGGGCAAUCAUUCCCGUUUUCCCUUGGCCAUUCUCAAUCCUCGUCCCUCCAACCCCCGCUCCCAGUCCAGCAGGCUGACCCCACUCCUUUCCAUCUCCAAGUCUUCUUCCAGAAGAUGCAUUUGGGUCUCAGAGGAGUGUUUUCUGGAAGGCCAUCUUUCAACAUCCCUGCAUUCCUGAUAUGAAUCAGGAAUUUGUACUUGGUGUAGAGAGCUUCCUCUCCCACCUCUCUGCCCAGCCUCGUUACCUCACUCCUGCUCCAGCCGUUGUGAUGGGCUCAGCCAGCUUCCUGUUCUGAUGUGCCGUGCAACAGCUCAGGGGUCUUGUGACUUGGAGGUCCUCAGCAGGCCUGGGAGCCUGGAUUGGAGCCUUGGCUGUCGGUGAGAAGCACUUACCUGCCAAGAUUUGCUGAUGCCAGACGAUCUCCCCAGCAUGUGAAUGCUUAAUGGACACUGUCAUCUCUGCCCUUUGGUUCUCCUUGCUUCUCUCAAUACAAUAAGACACCUCAGAAGCAAAAUAGCGGCCCUUGCUCCAGGCAGGACACCAGGCUGUCUGGGGAGUUGGCCCUGGGCUUCUGUGUUGUGUGCAAAGACUGCACAGUACAACAGUCACUUUUGCCAACAAGAAUGUGUGGCGCCCCACAUCCCCUUACCUUGCACUCUAGGGCCAGACCACUCUCUGCAUGGACCAGACCAUCUUCCCAAACCCAUGGUGCUUCCCCCCCCCCACUCAACCUAGACUCUGAGGUGGGGAGGGAUGGAUCAGAGGCCAUAGUGGCCCCAUAGAUAAUCCUGACAUGGGGUGGAGUAGGGUGAGGCAGAGAGGGAGCAGCACCCAACACCUGCACUGGGCCACAAGUGGGAAAGAACACAGGUUGGUUGCAGUCGAGUUGUCUGGCCGUCUGUAUUCGGAUCUAUAACUGUACUUUGCCUGGCGCUGUGCGCAAGGUCUGAAAACGUACUGCUAGUCCCUAGAAACAUGCAAGGCUACCCAGCCAAAUCUUAAUGUAAAGUACUAGAGCCAUGGAAGUCCAGUAGGAA